CCUCCGCAGCCUGCCCGGAUCUCGCACCUCCGCCCGCAGCCCUGCGCCUUCCUGGAGGGGCCGAAGCCAGCGCCGCCCCCCGGGGCCUUAAAUAUCCCCACCCCCGGCCACGGACGCAGAGCAGCCAUGGGCUCCGCCGCGCUGCGUGCCGCCGUCCUGCUGCUGCUGGGCCUGGGGGUGUCGGCCAGAGCCCCCCCGGAGACCGCCGAGCCCGGCCUGUCGCAGGCGGAGCUGACCCAGAUGUUCGAGGACUUCGUGAUUCGCUUCAACAAGACCUACGGCAGCCCCGAAGAGCGGCGCCGGCGCCUCGGGAUCUUCGCCCGGGCCAUGGAGGACGCGCGGCGGCUGCAGGAGGCGGCGGGAGACGCCGCCCGCUUCGGGCCCACCCGCUUCAGCGACCGCACGGAGGAGGAGUUCAUGGGCGCGCCGCUGACCCCCCUGGGCAGGAAACCCCUCACCUCACCCCUGCGGAGCCCCCCUGGGAAGCCAGCGCCCCCCAGCUGUGAUUGGAGGAAGGCCGGAGCUGUGAGCUGCCCAAGUGAUCAGCGCACGUGUGGCUCCUGCUGGGCCUUCGCGGCUGUUGCCAACGUGGAGUCGCUCUGGUUCAUCCGCUUCAAGAAGCUCUACAAGCUCUCGGUCCAAGAGGUGCUGGACUGCAGCGGCCUCAAGGAUGCAUGUAAAGGCAGCAACCUCAGCAACGCCUUUGGCACCAUCUGUAGGCGUGGUAUGAACACUGCCAUGAGUUACCCAUACGAGGCCCAGCAGGGCAGGUGUCGGUGGAACCAGUCCAACGUUGUCGUGCGCAUCCAAGGUUUCCAGACGCUGCCGUCCAACGAGAGCGAGCUGGCUGCCCACGUCGCCACACGGGGUCCCAUCACUGUGAUCAUGAAUGCCAGGCUCCUGCAGCACUACCGAGGGGGGAUCAUCACCAAGCACUUGGCGUCUAGCUGCCACCCCAAUCGGAAUCAUGCGGUGCUGAUCGUGGGCUAUGGUCAGGAGAAGAGCAUCCCGUACUGGAUUGUCAAGAACUCGCAUGGCUCCGACUGGGGGGAAGAGGGCUACUUCCGAAUCUACCGUGGAGGCAAUGCAUGUGGCAUCGCGGAGUUCCCCGUCACAGCCACCGUGGGGCAGGAUGGGGAUGGGGGCACAGCCCAUCCAGGUCACUGCCCGGCCUGACCCUGACCAAGGGGCAGGAGGAUGGAGGGACAAAAUAAAGCAGCAAGGCACAGAAAAGUGUGACAGAC